AGCCGAGCGGAGAACCGAGCAGACCACAACCCGAGAGAACGGAUCAGAAGAGCGCGGGCGAUGAGAUGAAGCGAACUCAGCAGAGGACAAGAGAAAGCUGUGUUCGUCUGGAGCCGCUCAGCGGGAAUCUCAUCCAUGUCCUGAAACACUGAUGUGCUCUGAGCGCCUGUUUUAUUGGAGUUUAUUAUCGAACACACCUGCGCGCAUCAACAGGUCAUCGGCCCUCAUGGCAUCCACGCUGCUCCCCGCUCCGCUCGGCCCGCUGCUGCUGCUGCUCCUGCUCUGCUCGACGUCGGGCUCGUCCCAGCGACCCCAGUGGCCCGUUCAGCGCGUGCCUGUGGUUUGGCCCCAGCAGAUCGAGGAACAGCCACCGCCUCACUUCCUGCGGCCCGCUCAGCUCCAGGUCACCUCUUCCUGCGGUCCGGAGUGCCACAAGCGAGCCCUGCCGCCCAGCUACUGGGACCUGCAGCAGUUCCUGUCCUACGAAACGCUGCACUCCAGCGGCCAGCUGACCGAGACGGUGGUGGGCAUUUACGGAUUCGACGCCAACGCCUUCUACGAGACGCCUGCCGGGCGCUCCAGAAGCAAACGGCAGAUCUUCGGCCACGACAGUCGCUUCAGUAUCGUCGGCCACGACUUCCUGUUGAACUACCCGUUCUCCGCUGCCGUCAAGCUGUCGACCGGCUGCUCCGGGACGUUGGUGGGCGAUCGGCACGUCCUCACGGCGGCGCACUGCGUUCACGACGGCAAGAACUACGUCAAAGGAGCCCAGAGGCUGAGAGUGGGCUUCCUGAAACCACAGCAUAAAGAGACGUCGGGCAGAAACGGCACAGGCGGCAGACCCGACAAGAUGAAGUUCCAGUGGAUCAGAGUGAAGCGCACGCACGUCCCGAAGGGCUGGAUCAAGGGCACCGCCAACGACAUCGGCAUGGAUUACGACUACGCCCUCCUGGAGCUCAAGAAGGCCCACAAACGAAGGCACAUGAAACUGGGCAUCAGCCCCGCGGCCAAGCAACUACCCGGCAAGCGGGUGCAGUUUUCCGGGUUCGACAACGACCGGCCAGGUCAGCUGGUGUACCGCUUCUGCGAGGCCGGGGACGAAACCUACGACCUCCUGUACCAGCGCUGCGACGCUCAACCGGGCGCCAGCGGCUCCGGCGUCUACGCCCGCAUGUGGAACCGCAGGAGUCGGCGCUGGGAGCGCAAAGUCAUCGGGGUCUUCUCUGGACACCAGUGGGUGGACCUCAGCGGGACGCCUCAGGAGUUCAACGUGGCCGUGCGCAUCACUCCGCUUAAAUUCGCCCAGAUCUGCUACUGGAUCAAGGGAAACUACGUGGACUGUAGACAAGGUUGAGUAGCAGCGGACCGCUUUGCUUUCUCUUCAUUAGCACAUAAGAUACUCUCUGUUAUUUCAUGCAGGAAAGUUGCACAGUCCAGAAAUAUGCAAAGACAUGCUGAAGCAUCAAUAACUAAUAAACCUUUGUUUUUUUAAUACUUCUUUAGCCAUACAAUACUUCUUGUGCAAAAGAACCGAAGUGUUUUGUUAAAUUGCCUUAAGUUAGGUCAGGGUCAAAGAAUCCUUCUUCACUGACAGCCGUUCAAACGUAGCAUUAUAAUGUAGUAGAUGUUUUUGGAGUUUGUAUUUUUCCGUCUGCUGUCUUUGAUUUUAUGUCUCACGGCGGUCGCCGGUGAAGGACUGAUGUGUCACCUUCUGUUCGUAACACUGAUGCGGCUGGCACAGAUUCUGUGAAGUGUUUGGUGUUUUCUCUAAUGUACUGAAGUGUGAGGUGCUUGCUUAUGUGGAAAUUGAGAA